AUGUCACGCGAAGUUGACAACGAAUUUCGUCAAAGAACUUUCCGAUUACUUGAAGCUUUCGUUUACGACUAUCUUAGAAAAUCUGGGUGCAUCGAAACAGCAAGAACUUAUUAUGAAGAGGCUCAAUUAGAUGAUUGGCCACCACCUUGGUUAGAACAAUUAGUAACAUCAUCCAUUUCUCCUAUUCCUCCAAGUGUGACAACAACUCAACGCUCUCGUGAAGAAAGUUUUGAUGAUAGUGAGCAAGCUUGCACUCAUGAGUUUACUAAUGAAUUAGGUGGUGGUAGUUUUAAUGAAAAUGUGCAUACUGAUGGUAAUUCUGACGGUGCUUCUAAUGUUGAUAGUAUUCCAGAUUUUAAAAUCCAACUAGUUCAAGUAAAAGAAGAAGAUUUGAAAAUUAAAACUGAGAAUAUUAAUGAAUCAGUUUUACCACCUGAAUUUACUCAUAUGUCUAAAAGUGAUUACCUUCAAUACGCUGAAAGAUCACCUUCCAUCAUUUCAGCUACAACUACAAACGAACUUCCUGAUUUGCUAUUACCUUUAGAAGGACAAGAUGAUUUUCUGCAAGAUUGGUGGUACAUUGUCUGGGAGAAUUAUAAAUCAAUGUUUGAACGACAAACUGGAAUUGUUCUUUCUACAGAUUAUUAA